UUUCUGAUUGUUCGACAAUAACGUAAAUAUUUUUUGCGUUGAAGCAAAAAAAAAAAUGUGAUAAAUAAGAGUUAUUAUUAUUAUAGAAUUUAAAAACUAAAGUACAAAAUAAAUUUUAACAAUUAAAACGAGAAUAAAUACCUAACGAUGCCUUUAACACUCACAUUUAUAAGAACACAAUGGCGUGCUUUUACCACCACUCACCCCUUGAUCAGAGGUUCAAUAUCUUAUGCGAUCUUAUGGCCCACCGGAAGUUUAAUACAACAAACCCUUGAGGGUAAAAACUUCAAAACCUAUGACUAUAUGCGAAUGUUAAGAUUUAGUUUAUUUGGAUCUCUGUACGUAGCCCCAUCAUUAUAUGGCUGGUUUAGAUUAACUUCAGCAAUGUGGCCACAAAUGAGUUUGAAAACUGGUCUGAUAAAGGCCGCCAUUGAGCAAAUGUCGUAUGGUCCAUUUGCUUGUGCCAGCUUUUUCAUGGGUAUGUCCUUAUUGGAAAUGAAGUCUUUAUCUGAGGCUGUCGAGGAAACGAAAGAGAAAUUUUUACCAACAUUCAAAGUGGGUAUAUGCAUAUGGCCGAUUCUGCAGACAAUAAAUUUUUCCAUGAUACCUGAAAAAAAUCGUCUUGUAUUUGUAAGUAUUUGCAGUUUAAUGUGGACCACAUUUUUAGCCUAUAUGAAAACGAAGGAAUUAUCCGAUCAUCACGAAACACAUCGGAGCAACACAAUUGAACAAUAAAAUUCCGUGUGUAUUAGUUAUUAGUUAGAUCAAUUUUAGUUUGUAGUAGGGUGUAUAAGGAAAUUCUUGUGUUAUUAUAUGUUAAAAAGUGUUGAUAAUUAAUUAAUUAAUAAAGUGCAUUUAUUUGAUUUGG